AUGCUACGGCCUCUUCCUCGCGUCUUCUUCUCUAACCGUCUUCCCCUCCGUCUCCACCCACCCUCACCCCGCGACAAGAUCUCCUUAGGAUCCUUACCAGUACGUCGAGGAUCUAGUUCACUCCUGCGGAACUAUUCUAUGCGACGGCGUCCCACCCCGAAUUCUUCCCCCGAACGUGCUUGCAAAAAACGACGGGUCUCCGCGAGAGUCUCCCCGCAUCCUUCCACCAUGGGCCAACCAACCCCCACGUUGGAGCUCACACCCAUCGAAAACACCCUGCGAACCCUCUUGCUCGAUGUGGCGGAGUAUAUACGACAGCAGGCGAUUGCGAAAGGGGCUACCGAGGUCGACGCGCCUCGGACGGUCCUCCGGUUCACAGGCGGCUGGGUGCGGGACAAACUGCUGGGAGUGGAUAGCCAGGACAUCGACGUCGGGAUUAACAAUAUGACGGGGUAUCAAUUCGGGCUGCUACUCAAGGAGUACUUGGACGACCCCGUCCGUCUCGAGGCAUACAAGAGAAAUCAUCCCACGGGCGAGCUAAAGAACUCCAUCGUCAGCCUGCACAAGAUUGGCGCCAACCCGGAGAAAUCGAAGCACCUGGAAACGGUGACCACGCGAAUCUUUGGGCUCGACGUCGACUUGGUCAACCUGCGCAAGGAGACCUACACGGAGGAUAGCCGGAAUCCGCAGAUGGAGUUCGGCACCGCGGAGGAGGAUGCCUUGCGCCGUGACGCCACGAUCAAUGCGCUUUUCUACAACCUGAACGAGUCCGUGGUGGAGGACAUGACCGGGCGAGGCUUUGACGAUCUACGGGAUCAGAUCAUCCGUACCCCACUGGAACCCUACCAGACUUUCCGGGAUGACCCCCUGCGCGUCCUCCGGUUGAUCCGCUUUGCCAGCCGACUAGGGUAUCGCAUCGACUCAGGGACGGAGCGAGCGAUGGGAAAUGCGGAUAUCCGCGAGGCGCUGAAGUUGAAGAUCAGUCGCGAGCGAGUCGGCGCGGAGUUGGAAAAGAUGCUCCGAGGUCCGGAUCCCCACGGCGCUCUAGGCCUAAUCGACCGUCUUGGGCUCUAUACCACUAUCUUCGCGAAUCACCAGGACGGCGUGACGGUCGACACGUCCAACUGGUCGCUAGCCUACGACGCCCUCCAAAAACUCUUGCAUUCUGGCGAUCAGCCUGAGUCCGUGGACCGGGUUCGCCGCCGGCUCAUCCAGGACGAGCAUGGCGCAUACCACGCAUGGAUCAUUGCAGCUCUGGCGCCCUGGUCGACCGUUCCCGGGCGCGUUCCACAGGGACCCAAAGCGAAGCCGUUUCCCCCACGGGCGGUUGAGGUCGCUCGAGAUAGCCUCCGCUCGGACAACAAGACCACCACCCUCUUAUCCGACGCGACCCGGAGUUUUGAACCGAUCAUCCAUGUGAAAAACGCGCUCGUGGCGGGACAGAUGGAGGGAUCCCCCGCACAAGUCCGGCAGCAAAUCGGGUUGCACCUGCGGUCCUGGAAGAAGGACUGGAAACUGUGUAUCGUGAUGUCGAUUCUCCAGGAAGUCAUGCAGGGAGGACCGUUCCUUAGUGUCGUUGAAGGAUACGACCAGUUUCUGGAGUAUAUCGUCGCGCACGACCUGGAAGGAGUCUGUGAACUCAAGCCCAUUGCCAACGGCAAAGAUGUCAUGGAAGCCUUCGGGGGUCGCAAAGGACAAUGGCUGGGCCAGGCCCUGGAGAUGGCCAUGCAGUGGCAGCUCCUCCACCCUGAGAUCACCGACAAGACGAAGGCGCUGGAGCAUUUGAUACAGCACAAGCAAGAGCUCGGGAUCCCAUAUCAACAUUUAGCCAACUCCCAAAUCUGUGGCUAUCGAGACUACGUGAUGGACAACCUUCGCCGAGCGGCACGUGAGGCCCUCCAGCGCGAUUCCGAGCAGCCUCUCUUCCAAUAUCUACCGGAUACGUUCCAAGUUCCCACCAGUCUAGACCUACUAUGGCAGGACAUCUCGUCUCAAAAUGAAGCAGAUACCGUGCAGGUAUGCGAAAGCCUCCUCGUCAUUCAGACUUUCCUGAAACUCAGGACUUCGACGGAAUUAUCUGGUGAUUACGCUGGUUCUGUGAACAGUCUCUAUGGCUGGACAAGUAAGGCUGCGCUGCCAUUGCCGGUGUCUGCCGAGAAUCCUGAUGAGACAGAGGGGACCAAGAGAACCGUCGAACAGAACAGACUUGUAGCCGAUCUUUCAACUUCAAUCAUUGCUCUAUUGUCUUCUCUGCUCCCAGUUCACAAAGCAGCCAACCCAGUCGAUAUCUUCAUUGCUUUGGCAAGCUAUACCUCGGAAGCAGAUCCCUGGACCACAGAAGAGGCCUACGGGACAGCAACGAGGACUCUAGAAGACGCGUGCAAAGCAGCGCGUGCAGAUUCACUCACAUCAUUCUGGUCCAUUAUCGAACGCAUCCUCAGGGACAGAAUCAGGCCCCUUUUUGCCAAGAGCAAGAACCCUGCAAUCACCGCCGCUGGUCGAAAGAAUUUCCAUCCGGUCCCUCUGUCCCGGUUUGAUGCCAGUGUUUUAGAUGACGAGGUAAAAUCGUGGAAGGUCCGUGAAGUCUACGCCACGACCGUGUUCAGUUGGGUGAUUGCCCAGUACCAUUCCACGGACCGUACACAUCUUGAGGCGCACUUUCCCCUUGUAGUACCUCCACUUCUAGCCCUCAUCGACGACAACAGUGUCGCCAGCAAGACCUUUGGCUGCACGCUUCUCUCCCAAACGCUCGUUCCCAUAAAGGAUAGCAAAUCCGACAUUCUCCAACGAACAAACCUCGCCUCUGUCUUCGAAGACGCCAUCAGGCCUUGUCUCCUAUCAUUACCAACCAUCACCCCAGAGGACGACUCCAUUCAGCUCCUCAGCGCAGCCUACCCGGCUCUCCUCUCCAUCAUGGCGAUCGAGCUCCAGAACCUCUCGCCAGCUACCACCGCCGACGCCAAGAAAAAGGCCGAAGAAGCCUACACCAAACGUCUAGCCACCACUCUGCGCGAGAACCUUCUCGCCUCCUUCACCUACGUCAGCUCCACCAACACCACGAACAUUUCAGGCAACGGUCCCUCCUUCCCAUACCCACGCCUCUCCACCGUUCUACUCAAUCAGACCUCCGCCGCUCUACAGGAACUCGGCAUCCACAGCACCAAAUACCUCCAGGAUGUCAUCCCGCCCAUAUACAACACCCUGACGAACCCCUUCGCCACAGCGCACCCGCCUCUUCUCCUCGCGGCCGUCGCCGUCGCCCGCGUUGCAGUCCUCAACGCACACCCCCGUCUCUGGCGCUGGCGCGGCGAGCUCCUAGCAGGGCUGUGCUAUUGCUGGCUGAAUGUGCUAAAUGAAGAAGCGGAGAUCGCGGACCGAGCCCAAAAGAACCACAAGAGCGCACUCGAUGAUAUAAGAGCCCGGGAGCUCAAGCGCCUCAAAAAGGAGCUCCGCGGUGUGGCCUAUCUUCUGAAAUUCGUCCUCGAGCAUCCGUGGGAGAUGGACGGCACAAAGGAGCAGAUAGUUGCCAAGGAACGCAUUGCUAGCGAAAUGCAGGAAUUGGUUGAUGCUGAUGAGGCCUUGGGCAAAAUGCUGACUGAAAACAUCGAUGCUCACGAUGCGGAGUUCUUUGGUAUUGAUCCUUGA